CACUGUACAACGGGACGCGUCACAUCGUCACAUUAGUACAAGUUUACCGACGCGCCACGGCAGGCGGCGAUGGAGGUGGCACAGCGGUACUGCUCCACCGAGCUGGAGAGCUACGCUCAGUGCGUGGCGGCCAACCCGAGCACCUGGGGAGUCAAGUGCCACGACCUCAAGGCCCAAGUAUCCAAGUGCACCAGCUCGCACCCCGUGGUUCGUAAGAUCCAGGCGGCGUGCGCCAGCGAGUUCGGCGCGUUUGAGACGUGCCUCAAGGAGAACGCGUCGGCCGUGCUGCGCUGCUCCUCGCACAUGAAGGGCUUCCUGGCGUGUGCCGAGCGUGUCGACACUGGCCUGCCCAUCGCCGGCGUGGCCCAAAGUACUUGCGAGAAAAGCUGAUUCAGAUGCGCUUGCAAGAGCUCGGGGUCCUUGGGAACGGUUUGUGAAGGCAUUUCUGGAGACCUUGAACACGAAACUGUACCCAGCGCAGCUUGCAGAGCAUUUCUGGGAGGCGCUGUAAUGUUUUUUUUGUUUUAAUAAAAAUGACAACGCUCCGAUAAGAAUCUUGACGUGCGGUGCUAAUGUCUUUAUAAAUAGCAGCGUGUUUUUGCAAAUUAUGAAUUUGCGGGACCAGGCUAAUUCUCAAAUAUUUCAUCGCAAUAUUUAAAUGGGGGGGGUGGGGGGUCUGGAUAUCCCAGUGUGGAUAUUGUUCGACUUUCUUUGGAUUCAUUCGGUAUAAAUGUGUUUGGAGUUAAUAAAAAGCAAAAGCCAAAAGCCAAAGCUUGGACAAUUUUACUGUCAUCAGAGUAUCUUUACGAAAGAUAAAUCCGACAUUGGCUCAAUGUUGAAAUGUUAAACGCAAGUCACGACAUACGUAAAAGCUCUCAAAAAUAACGUCAUCAUUUUGGAAUGUGUAUUUGUUGUUCACCAAAAUUAGAUUAGUCCCAGUGCCUUUACCUCAGUAAAAAAACAGUUUUUCACUAUAAAUCCUUUAUAUGCGUGGCAUCGGGUUUAUUUUAUUAUUCAUUUCUGUUUUUCUUGAGUAAGAGUUUAAUUUUUAUUACAUUGGUAUUUUAAAUUAAAUCUGAAAAAUUUUUUUUCCUAAAAAGUGGAAAAUUUUGGAAAAAAUUUUUCACGAAAAUUAAUUGUCACGCACAACGAGUCUGUGUGCAAAAUGUCAGCUCGAUUGGAUCACGGGAAGUGAGUUAAAAAACGACCGAAAGAUUUGCACGGUCGUAAGCAAGCACGCAAGCACGCAAGCAAGCAAGCAAGCGAAAUUAAUAUAAAGGAUUAAAAAAAACCAAAAUAAACAUUCAUCUUCUAUAACAAUGUCUUAAGAAAAAGGUAUAAUAAGUGAAAUAUCUGGCUGGGGUCCUUCACAGCACAUAGGCCAGAGCGGUAGAGUUGUGUAUCGUAUUGGUUGAACUAAUUCUCACUACUUUUCAGGCCUUUCUACGUACUCGGAGGAAGGGCUAUGGCCCAAAACGAUGCAUAUUAUAUACUUUUUAAAGCAGUGUUGGUGACGAUUGUGUUGAUACAUCUGUUCUGGUUGAGCAGGUUGAGUGCUCUGAAUGGUGUUGCUUGCUCCAUUGCUCAUUGAAUCUUUAUUUCGUGUCCGUCCGUCGUUACCUUUACGUAGAACAGGACAAAUGCCUUUUCAGAGACAGUAUUAAGCGUUUCAAGUGAAAAUGCCCCUCUUUAGUUAAAAGCAGAAUAAAUGUACGGGGAUGCAAAUCACUCACGACGUUCUGUGCAACGGGCCAAUGUUUUCAUCAUGCAGUAAUCACGAUAUCGAUUUCGAUUUAAAGCUUUCGUGACUGCAGGGAUUCAUCGUCUUGGUUCUUUCGGUAAAGUCACGUCUUUCCGACAGCCCUGUUCUUCACCUGAGGAUGGCUGCUUGCGUUGUGUGCCGAAACGUCGUGAGAAUUGUAUUUUAUUAUGUUUUAUUUUUAUUAUUUUAUUAUUUCCCUUCUACGUGACUUUACCGAAAGAACCAAGAAGAUUGAUAUCGAUGUUUCAUUUGUGGAACUAUGCCCAAAUGUAGGUUAUUUGUUGUUUGAUGAAGUGCUUAUCUUUCGAUUUAAAGCUUUCGUGACUGCAGGGAUUCAUCUUCUUGGUUCUUUCGGUAAAGUCACGUAGAAUGUUUUAUUUUUAUUAUUUUAUUAUUUCCAUUCUACGUGACUUUACCGAAAGAACCAAGAAGAUGAAGUGCUUAUCGUGAUAUUUUUAACUUGAUUAAUUUUUUAUCCAUGCGAUGCUAAAAAAUGCAUGGAAACGAAAUCUUAAAACAGAUGCUGUAAUUGCGUAACUGAAUUUUGGGAAAUGUUUUUUGACGGCAACCGAAAACUCUGCAAAGUAGUUGAAAACCAGGCACGUGCAUUGCUGUGUUGAUUGCAAAUACUUUCUUACAAUACUUGCAUCGAAUUACGGGCGAGAAUCGCCCGUGUCAAGAUGUACGCAAAUGAUGUGCAAAUGUUACAUUGAGACGAGUGGAGGAUCGAAUUUGUGAUCCUGGAUCAUGACGAUUAAUCGGAUGACGCGGGAGGGGGUGAGAGUGAGUGGUGACGCAUCUGUUUAAAACCACACGACUUUAUGUUGGCGCUGCCGUGAUGAAUUUUCGACUCGUUUGAAGGUGCCUUACCUCCCACUGCCCCAUGUCCUCUGUGAUUAAAUAAAUUAAAACUGUUGUAUCGACA